GCCCUAAGUGAAGCAGCAACAUUGAAGGACGCACAUCUUUGGCGUCUAUCGCAGUGCAGCUAACGCUAAGCUAAGCCGACGGGAGGCUGUGUCGUAGAUCGUUGUUUGACGUCUUAUCUGUGGUGAAAUAGUCCUGGACUACGCUACAAUUUUCUCGUAUUUGUCUGGGAUGUAUGGAUGGAUAGUUGACGGAAUCUCGUCGCUGUUUGAGCCCGUUAGUGGGCAAACGUCCACCGAGUGUCCGGGGAAAGGUAACGUUAGCGAGAAAGUGCCCACGCGACCUGGGGUGAAAGCGGGAGCACAGCGGCAGGUUAACCACUGCAGACCGGCUAAACGGAACUACCAGAGUGUUGAUGUUGCAGACAGUGUCUGCCAGAGUGACCAGGUAGACGUGAAAAGACGGAGGCUAGAUGUAGUCAUCAGCUUUGUGAAGAAGACGCUGUCUGGGGUAGCAGGUCUGCUCAGGCUGCGGAAACCGACCAGAUGUGAGAAGACCAGACACUAUGAAGAGACGCAGCCUAUUACGCUGAUGGGAAUAGAUGAGCUCCACACCUCAUGGCUGAACAGUACUGAGUGGAGAAUGAGUAUACCAGUAGGGGAAGUGAAUGAGAGGAGUGGGAAGAAUCCCUUUCAGAGCUCCCCGCCUCCUUUAAUGAGGAAAUACAGUGGGGCAGGGCUCCCUGACAGGGGGAAGGACAGGGAGAGGAGAGGCUCCCUCCAGCUGCUACCCUCCAGACCUGCUCUGAGGGUGGGAACCACUAACCCUGACUCAUCUUGCAAUGGCUUUGGACACAACCGCUGCUACAAGUCCAGUCUUACCGUGGAAGAGGCCAUAAAGCAGAACAAUAAGGAGCACUACAGGCGCUUACUGGAGAUGGUGACCGAGAAAUACAGCAAAAGCCAACCACUACCUUUCACCCAAACAAAACCGAAAGAUGAGUCACUUUCACAGGUUGAUCUCAAAACUGCUGGGUCAGGGAAAGCCUACGAAUCUGUGCCCAGGAAGACGGGAUACACAGCUGCACCAAGUGUGUUUACAUGGAGGAAUGCAUCUGCGACCAAGGAAAGGCGUGGUAGUUUGACUUUCACGAAGACAUUCAGUGAAGCCCUUGAGAACACCCAGACAGCUCGAUGUGCAAAGCAGGAACAAGCAGCAGAUUUGGACCUUUCUACAGAAGUAGCUACUCGCCUCAAUCUAGUGGACAAAGAAACUUCUGCAGUCAGUCUCCCUUACACACAUUCUGCACAUACACGGCACAGCGAUGAGGACAUACCCAGGCUCACCAAGGAAAUGACAGUGGAGGUGAGUUGUGCUCUGGCUCAGAGUGAUCCCAACCUCGUUCUCAGUGCGGCUUUCAAACUACGCAUCACACAGAGAGACCUGGCCACACUGCAGGAAGGCGGCUGGCUCAAUGAUGAGGUGAUAAACUUCUACCUGUCCCUUGUCAUGGAGCGUUGCUCUGGUGAAGCAGCAGGAUUAAAAAUCUACUCGUUCAGCACCUUCUUUUUCCCAAAGCUGCGUGGUGGAGGAGGCGGGCGGCCCGGAGGACACGCUGCUGUGAAGCGCUGGACCAAGGCUGUCGACCUUUUCCUUUUCGACCUCAUCCUGGUCCCUCUGCACCUCGGCGUCCACUGGGCAAUGGCUGUGAUUGAUUUUAAGUCCAGGACAGUUAAGUCAUAUGACUCAAUGGGCCAGAGACACGAUGACCUCUGUAGUCUUUUACUACUCUAUCUUAAAGAGGAGCACAAAGCAAAGAAAGGCAGAGAGCUUGACAUUGCCAAAUGGACUUUUGGAAGCUUAAGGCCCACUGAGAUUCCGCAGCAGAGAAAUGGCAGCGACUGUGGCGUUUUUGCCUGUAAAUAUGCUGACUAUAUUGCAAAAGGAAGGCCUCUCACCUUUAAACAAUGCCACAUGCCUCUCUUCAGGAAAAUAAUGAUUUGGGAAAUCCUCAAUCAGAAGCUGCUAUAGGGGAUUGCAAGAAUCAUAAUGAACCGCCUAACAGUGACUUUCUCAAAGGGAGCAACAUCUGUGUACAGUACAGUAACUACUUUGGGAAGAAACAGAUAUGAAUGGGCCAAAGAAGCGGACUCCACUGACUGAAAUCUAACCCAGUGUAGCUGUUCUGUUCUGGAGAAAUUAUAACACAAUAGUCUUAAAAGGUGAUUGUUUAUCUUUUCCUGUCUGGAACGUAUUAACACUUUGUAAUCUCUGAGUUGUAAUUGGAGACGUUAUUGGGAAAUAAGAAGUGUAUGUAUUACACAAGCUUUGGCACUACUGAGUGAAUUGCUUUUUUAUUGACUUUGUUGGUUCUGCCUGAAGUGCCUUUAGCCCUCAGACACUAAGCUCAACUUGGAGCAUUAGUGCUUUUGUAUAUUUUUGGGAGUUACUUAGGCACAUAAAGCUUAAACAUCUGACUCAGAACUAAUAUUGUUGCAGGUCAGUGAUAUUUUGGGGCAAUUUGCUGGUUCCCCUCUUAAUUAUGAUCAACAGAGCUUACUACAAUGCUAUUUAGUCAUGAACCUCAAUCUCUCUGUGACAUAUAGACAAUGAAAACCUUCCCAGUCCCUUUUUUCCAGACAAAAGAUACACGGUUGAUUGCUUGUAUGUUUGUUUUGCUAUUAUUUAUGACAUGACUGGAUGAGAGACUGUUUUUGGAGUGUGUAAAGUUUGUUUUACUUCUGAGUGGAGCAUUAAUAGUUGUUUUUCUGUUAACAUAAGGCGCUGUUGUGUCUGAAUAGUUUCCAUGAGCAUAUUGCAAGAGGCUAUUUAGGGCUAUUACGUUUACUGAAGUAUAGUAUACUGCAUAGCAAAUUACUGUACACACAUGCAUGUCUGAGUUUAAUGCUUUCAAAUGUGAUUUAUUUUUUUCCUCUCCCUGUAAUAAAGUAUUUCAUUUUUUUUAAAUGUAGUUUAAUACAUUGAAUGACUCAUGCAGUGCUACUAGAGGUGUCAACUGGAGCUGAAUGGCAUAAUUUAAAAUCUAUUUUACAAUAAAUUCACAUU